AUGCCAAACGUGACAAUCAUAAACGACACCCAAGUCCCCCUUCACAUCUGUCUCAAACAAGUCUCCCCUCUCCACUAUGCCAAUUCCGUCCCCCCGGACGGCGGUCGUGCAACGAUGCACACUGGCAAAGUAUGGUUCACGAUCCAAGCGCGUAUAGAUCGCGGGGAUAACUCCUACGAUAAGUUCCAAACUUUUGCUCCUAUCGCAGCGGUUACCAUCGGCGCGCUGUCUCUGGGUGCAGGAGCGGUGUAUUUUGCCGGAGCGAGCGCUGCUGCUGGUGGUACCGUCGCUGCCGUCUCUGCUGUCGGAGCACGCAUUUCCGCUGCAGUAGCAAGUCACACACCGACAGUGAAGAGAUUGAUCAAGUACGCGUCGAAGGGUCAGACCGUAGCUAAGAUAGCACAGGUGGUUGGGAUUGGUGGUGGCGCUCUUGCUAGCGCGAAAGGUGCUACUGGGAAGAGCAAACCGGUUGAACAGCAACUAAAGGAUAAGGCGGCACAGGCGAGCAAGAGUGCACUGCGGAAGCUGUUGCAAGGUAGUGUGGUGAGCUCGGCGGGAUGGUAUAUUGACAGAGACCGCACAAUCCGGAUUACAGGUGGUCCCAGGGCUAGUGUGACGCAAGAUGGACUGUUGGUGAUUGAAACGGAUACCACGGUUCCGUUCACGUUGGUGGAUGAGACUGGGAAGACGGUUGCGAUUGGGAAUCAGGAUGGCGCUGAACCCGUGCCGGCGAGUGCUGCUGCGGAGGCGGAUGAUGAUGAGUUGGAUGAUACGGAGGAUGCUGCGAAAUUGAAUCCAAAACCGGGACAUGCUGUGGCCAUGGCGAUCGGGUCGGCGACUGCUGCGGCUGCGGGGGUGGGUGCUGUGCCCGUGUUGCAGGCGGAAGGAAAACAGCAGGAGAAUAAGAAAGAUGGCUUCUGGAUGCGCACGCUUAAGGGCGAUGAUGGGUUCUAA